GUGAAUAGCCUUCUACCAUGUGACCUCUGUGAUCAUUCACAGAUUUCACACGUAGUAAGCAAUGAUGUCACAAGUGACAUCUUGCUUAUUACUUUGCAUGUGAUCGCUGAUUGGCCAAUCAGUGAUCACAUGACAGUUGUAAACGAUGAAUGGCUUCCUUUCAUGCCAUUCACUACUCACAACUGUGCUGCGAGCUGUGAUUGGUCACAAUCUCAUGUACAGACUGGGCCAAUUAAAGCCCAUCUGUAGCAUGUGAUCAGUUAUGGCCAAUCACAGCUGA